AUGGACCGAAAAGCUUUGUCUGCAGCUUAUCCAAAUGCGGAAGUUUUGAAGCCUCACCGUUGGAUGAAAAAUGGACGACAGACUCAUGGAUCGAGAAAAGCAAUACCAGCCGCCGACCGCAGAGGAUCUCGCCCGGAUGCGGCGGUCCAUCUAACCUCACUCAGCUAUCUUGAAAAAAGGCCCGUGCUGGAGCGGCACGUGGCGCAGCUCGCGAGCGGCAAGGUGGCCGAUACAAUGCCAUUACCGACCUACCAUUCGUUGGCAGCGCCUGUCAGGAAGCCUGUCGACAAGUUUGCGCUCCUCCCGGCCUUCCUCAAGGUUAGAGGGCUUGUGAAGGAGCACAUUGACUCAUUUAACUACUUUGUCGACAAAGGAAUCAAGAAGAUCGUUGAGGCAAACAAUCGAAUUGAAGCGCGCAAUGAUCCAUCCAUUUACCUUAGGUAUCUUGAUGUGCGUGUUGGCAUGCCCUCGAUAUAUGAAAAUUGUAACGUUGAAUCUAUCACACCACAUCUUUGUCGCCUUACUGACCGCACUUAUUCUGCUCCUAUAGAAGUUGAUAUCCAAUACACUGUUGGAAAGCAGCAUGUAGUGAAAAGAAGGGAUAAGUUUAUCAUUGGCUACAUGCCUAUUAUGCUAAGAAGUCGUGCCUGUAUUCUGAAUGAAAUGGAUGAAGCUGAACUAGCAAAAUAUGGUGAGUGCCCUCUUGAUCCUGGUGGCUACUUUGUUGUCAAAGGAACGGAGAAGGUCAUUCUAAUUCAAGAACAGCUAUCAAAGAAUCGUAUUAUUGUUGACACUGAUAGCAAAGGAAGGGUGAUCGCAUCUGUUACCAGUAGCACACAUGCAAUAAAAAGCAAGACGGUGAUUCUUAUGGAUAAGGGGAAGAUUUAUCUACAGCUGAAUCAGUUCACCAAGCCAAUUCCUAUUAUAGUGGUGAUGAAAGCGAUGGGAAUGGAAAGUGAUCAGGAGGCUGUACAAAUGGUUGGUAGGGACCCAAGAUACGGAGAUCUCCUAUUUCCAUCUAUUCAGGAAUGUGCUUCAGAGAGAAUAUAUACACGUCAGCAAGCCCUGCAGUACAUGGACGAGAAGGUGAUGUAUCCUGGUGCCACAAAUAAGAAGGAAGGUCGGUCAAACUCAAUCCUCCAUGAUGUGUUUAUUGCCCAUGUGCCGGUUAAAGAUGGGAACCUACGACCAAAGUGUAUAUACACUGCUGUAAUGUUAAGGCGCAUGAUGGACGCAAUCUUAAAUUCUGACACCUUUGAUGAUAAGGAUUAUGUUGGAAAUAAGAGAUUUGAGCUAUCUGGCCAACUAAUAUCUCUUCUUUUCGAGGAUUUAUUCAAAACAAUGAAUUCCCAAGCUGUGGAGCGCAUGAAUAAAAAUAGUGACAAGACUCGCUCUAGUCCUUUGGAUUUUAGCCAGUUGAUAAUGCAAGAUACUAUUACCUUUGGUUUGGAGAGGGCUAUUUCCACAGGAAAUUGGGAUAUUAAACGUUUUAGGAUGCAUAGGAAAGGUGUAUCUCAGGUUCUUUCAAGGCUAUCCUACAUGGCAACUUUAGGCUACAUGACACGGAUAACACCCCAAUUUGAGAAGACUCGUAAAACAAGUGGUCCACGUGCUUUGCAGCCUAGUCAGUGGGGUAUGCUUUGCCCAUGUGAUACUCCUGAAGGAGAAGCUUGUGGAUUGACAAAAAAUUUAGCUUUGCUUUCUCAUAUCACAACAGACCAAGAGGAGGGCCCACUGAUAGAUCUGUGUUAUAGUCUAGGCGUGGAGGAUUUAUUGUUUCUAUCGUCUGAAGAAAUUCAUGCGCCGGGUUCAUUUUUGGUCAUGCUCAAUGGAUUAAUACUGGGGAAACACAAAGAUCCUCAGAGGCUUGUUAUUGAUUUGAGGAAUUUACGUCGAUCUAACGUAAUUGGCGAGUUUGUAAGCAUUUUUAUUAAUGAGAAACAGCGCUAUGCUCACAUUGCCUCUGAUGGCGGCCGUGUUUGUCGCCCACUUAUAAUUGCUGAUAUGGGGAUAUCAAGGAUCGAUGAGACUCACAUGACAAAACUGAGGGAUGGAACUUAUGAUUUUGAUGAUUUUCUGAGUGGUGGGCUGAUUGAAUAUCUUGACGUCAAUGAAGAGAACAAUGCACUGAUUGCGUUGUAUGAGCACAUGGAUCAAGAUGAUGUCGAAAGAAGCAGCAUCACACACAUUGAAAUAGAGCCAUUGAGUAUCUUAGGGGUUGUAUCUGGACUUAUUCCAUAUCCACACCACAACCAAUCUCCACGUAAUACUUAUCAGUGUGCAAUGGGUAAGCAAGCGAUGGGAAAUAUUGCAUAUAAUCAGUUGUUCAGAGCAGAUUCACUACUGUACUUACUAGUGUAUGCACAACGUCCACUUCUAACGACGAAAACUAUUGAGUUGGUGGGGUAUGAUAAACUUGGUGCUGGGCAGAACGCCACUGUUGCUGUCAUGGGAUAUAGUGGUUAUGAUAUUGAAGAUGCAAUUGUGAUGAACAAGUCAUCCCUUGAUCGAGGGUUUGGCCGUUGCAUAGCAUUGAAAAAGUACACAGUUUUAAAGGACAACUAUGUAGAUGGUGUAUCGGAUAGGAUUGUUAAACCCCAAAGAGAUAAAGAUGGUGUUUUGAUGAAGCAGAAUAUGAGAGCAUUGGAUGAUGAUGGAAUUGUCGCACCUGGUCAAAUUAUUCGCAAUCAUGAUAUCUAUGUGAACAAGCAAACUCCCAUGAACACUUCAAAAGGUAUAGGUAGGCCAUUGACAGACAGGUGCUACAAAGACUCCCCUGCCAUUUACAAAGGUGUUGAUGGUGAGACUACUGUCGUAGAUCGUGUAAUGCUGUGCUCAGAUACAAAUGAUAAGUUGUCCAUUAAGUGUAUUAUUCGUCACACUAGAAGGCCAGAGGUUGGUGACAAAUUCAGUAGCAGACAUGGGCAGAAAGGUGUUUGUGGUACUAUUAUUCAGCAAGAAGACUUCCCCUUCUCUGAGAGAGGAAUCUGUCCUGAUUUAAUCAUGAAUCCACAUGGUUUCCCAAGUCGUAUGACAAUAGGUAAAAUGAUCGAACUUCUUGGUGGAAAGGCUGGUGUUUCUUGUGGUCGUUAUUUUCACUAUGGCAGUGCAUUUGGUGAGCCAAGUGGUAAUGCUGACAAUGUUGCAGACAUAAGCUCUUCUCUAAUUAAGCACGGCUUCAGCUAUGGUGGAAAAGAUUUCUUGUACUCAGGAAUUCUUGGUCAGCCACUUGAGGCAUACAUCUUCAUGGGGCCAAUCUACUAUCAGAAACUGAAGCACAUGGUUCUUGAUAAGAUGCAUGCUCGAGCUAGUGGACCACGGGUGUUACUGACCAGGCAACCAACUGAGGGGCGAAGCCGUGAUGGAGGCUUGCGUCUUGGUGAAAUGGAACGUGAUUGUUUGAUUGCAUAUGGUGCUAGCAUGCUAAUAUUUGAACGGCUAAUGUUGUCAAGUGAUCCUUAUCAAGUCCAGGUUUGCAGAAAAUGUGGCUUGUUAGGCUACUACAAUCAUAAACUGAAGACAUCAUACUGUUCAAUGUGCAAAAAUGGGGAAAAUAUGGCCAAGAUGAGGCUGCCAUAUGCUUGCAAGCUUUUGUUCCAGGUUACUUCAACAAUACCUUUGAGUUCAGCAUGCAUCUGCCUGCUGCCUCGGCAACCAGGUGUCAUGGUCUCAAGCAUUAACAUGGGAUCAAAUGAACAAAGAGAACCAUGUGCAGCAGCAAGUGGGAUGUAUGGUGCAUCAAAAUGUGUAUAUGUUAUGUUACUAAUGCAUCAAGAUGUAUUUCUAUCGGAGUAG